AUGGAGGAGCAAGAAGGGGCCGUCUGCUCCAUCUGGCUAGGAGCAGAUGACGCCAAGGCGGCGCCAAUCCCGGCGGACGUUCUCGAGGCGGACUCCGCCAGCCUACUGGACAAGGAUCAGACCAUUGACGGCGUUGUGGUACGCAGCUGUCGAAAAGGUGCAAAGCAGGUCGCCACCAUCGGCCCUGCGUCCAGCAGUGAUGAGAUGCUGGAGAGGCUCUUCCUCUGUGGCGUCGACGUCUUCCGGCUCAACUUCUCCCAUGGCGAGCACGCCGAGAAGUUGGAUCUGAUCAGUAGGAUUCGCGACAUCGAGGAGAAGUACAGGCAUCCCAUUGCCAUCCUGGCGGACAUGCAGGGUCCCAAACAGCGCUGUGGCAAGUUCGAGGACCCUGGUGGCGUCGAGCUAAAGCUAGGCCAGCUUUUCCGCUUCGACAUGGAUCCCGCGUUGGGCAACGAGAAGCGGGUGCAGCUCCCCCACCCUGAGAUCCUCCAGGCCUUGGAGCCUGGAAAGGACCAGCGGCUGCUACUGGAUGAUGGCAAGAUCCGAAUGAAGGUAGUUCGCAAGGGCUUCCUGGUCGACGGCGAGGAGGUGGAAGAUGCAACCCACGAGGGCGCCACCCCUUUCGUCGAGUGCGAGGUCACCGUCCCAGGGCACCUGGGAGAACGCAAGGGCGUGAACACGCCGGACGUCAUUCUGCCAAUGUCUCCAAUCACGAAGAAGGACAGAGAGGACCUGAAGUUCUGCUGCAAGCACUCCGUUGACUGGAUUGCCAUGUCUUUCGUCCAGAAGCAUGAGGACAUGGAGGAACUGCGCGACAUCGUUGUCGAGACCCACGGCCGACCGGACAUCCGCCUGCUGGCCAAGAUCGAGAAGCCCUCCGCGGUCGACGACCUUCAGAACAUCUUGAAAGCAUGCGACGGCGUGAUGGUGGCCCGUGGCGACCUCGGCGUGGAGAUGAACCCCCAGGACGUCCCUUUCGUGCAGAAGGAAAUCAUCCAAACUGCCCGGUUCCAGGGAAAGCCCGUCAUCGUGGCCACGCAGAUGUUGGAGACCAUGAUCACCAACCCCAUGCCCACGCGCGCGGAGUGCAGCGACAUUGCCAAUGCCAUCAUUGACGGCUGUGAUGCCGUCAUGCUCAGCGGCGAGUCUGCGGUUGGCAAGUACCCAGCGGAGGCCGUCACCAUGCAGCGCCGGGUCAUCGAGAGCGCCGAGUCGCGCAUGGACUUGGCACGCGCGGGGCCCGGGUCCAUCGGCAUGGACCAGGGCCACAGCGGCUCACAGCUUGCCACCGAAGCCGUUCUCAGCUCGGCGGCAACUUUGGCCAAGGACAUGAAAGCCUGUGCCAUCGUUGUGUUCACCGCAACGGGAAACUCUGCUCGACUGCUGGCACAAAGGCGGCCAACGGUUCCCAUCUUGGCAGUGUGCAAGUGCCUGGAAGUGGCCCGGCAGGUCUCCCUCAUCCACGGCGUGUAUGCAACCAGCGACAGCGAGGUGAGGCUCUUGGCGGCCAAGGCCGAGAGGGAAGAUGCCUUCGACAAGGUACGCUUCUCUCAGGGCGUCGAGAUCGGCUGCCGGAUUGUCCGUGAAUUUGGGCUGCCCACGAGCGAGGACGACUGGGUGGUGGUGGUGGCGCGCCUCCCGCUCUUCUCGCAGGGCCCCCUGAACACGAGCCGCUUGAUACAAGCUGGCGGGCCGCAAAAGAAGGAUGGGUACGGCCCCUCAGACGGUUUUGACGCCGGCGCUGACUGA